CGAGGAGUAGUGAAGAACUUUUUAAAAUAUGGAAGAUACUUGAUCACACCACAGAAGAGAGAUUAGUGGAAAACUUCGAUGCUGUGAGAGUUCUUGAUACCUUGCAAGAAAUUCAGUUUUCCUUAGUGGAACAAAAACUUGAUUUUCAGAUGAAAGAAGACUUGCAUAUCCUUCCAGGUGAACUUCCUGAUGGCAGACUGGAAGUGAUUUGAAAUGAUGCAGAUCACAGACAACAGUGAGCGAAGAAAUGAUACAGAGAUGGUAGCUGACGUAGAAAUUUCAAGCAAGAUCUAUCGAGAGAUGCAAUCACCUCGUGCACUUCCAAGUCCAAUGCUUGUGGAUGCAUCGAAGAUAAUAGAUAAGUCUAAGGGAAAGUUGCCUUCUACUCCACAAAAACGACAGCCACGUCAACCGCAGGUGGAAACACCAACAAAGAGAAGACGCAUAUCAUUGGAGAAGGAUGAGUUACCUAAUGCAGGUACUGCAAUUGUAGCUCCUGCUCCUCUAGAAGAGCAUGUUACAGACAAGGAUAUGGACAUAGAGCUGGAAUCUUUAUACUCGAGCUUGGACGGAUUUGUGAUAAAGAAGAAACAUUUAAUUAUCGAUAAGAAAAUAGUCAAAACAAACGCGGUGUUAAUGAAAUGGCAUGAAAAUAUAAAUUUUGGAUGCGUAAAAAUGGAGAAACCGAAUGUACGCGUAAUAUCGUCUGUCGACCUCAUGAAACGGCCUUCGCAUUCACCACGAUGCGCUCAAGCUUUGCUUAAUCUUUUUGUCAAUCACACUAGAAGACCAUGCCAGAAUACACACGAAGACGCCGCGCCUAUUUUUAUGCAAUGUACGAGACAGAUCCAUAUUCAAAUACUCAGACGUCAAACAUUCUCGUUAAAGCAUGAUAUUACGAAUAAAUGUGUAUCUUCGCUUUCAGCUCGAGAAGAGAUACGUGAAUUACAAACAACGGAGGAUCGUACAGGGCUAAUGACAAGCAGGCUCGUCGAGCCUGAAGAACAUUCUUCUGAGCAACUCAGUACUGUCAUGCCUGUUCAAGCUCCAUGGGUUAUCGACGAACCAUUGCAUCGAGAGAUGAAAGCAGACGUGGAAGACACUAACAGUAGCUUAGAAGAUAUAAACGUUCUAAUGAACAAAAUGGAGAUACACCCCACAACAAAAGACAGAAUUUCAUUAUCUUCUUGUUCAACCGAGAAAUCGCAAUACGCAUACUUGACGAGCCGGGAAGUUCUAACUUUGCUUGAGGUGCUAUGGUGUAAUCAACCGUAUGUAAAGUUCAAAGACUUCAUCCCGAAAGAUACACACUCGAAACAGAAUGCAUAUACGAAACAGGACGCUGCCACAGUUUUCUGUAUCCUUCUUGACCUCCAUGCUCAGAAGAAGGUCAUUCUACAUCAAACCGAAUUUUACCACACUUUAUGGAUCCAGAAAUAUGAAGAAUACUCUGAUUAAAUGUGACCGCAAUAUAUAUUAUAUUAUAGUCAAGUCAGUUUAGUGACUAAUUCAAAGUUUCGUGUGCAAUUUGACUUAUUUUGUAAUUUUAACUUAUUUUAUAUAGUUUUAACUUAUUUUAAUUUAAUUCAUUUUAUUAAUUUAACUUACCUUAAGGAAUUAAUAUAGAUUGACUGAAUUUACGAAGUUGAGGAAAAAAUGUUCUGACAAGUUUUCAAAAGAAAUGUAAGGAAAAAUAAAACUAUUUUUAAGGUCGUACUUUACCCCACUUUUACUUCACACAUUUUCAAACUGUAACAAUGAAGAUUUGCACUCGCUGUUCGCUUGGUGUAUACCCAGCUUAAAGACAGAUGUAUUUCAACAGAUGGUUAAAAAACAAAUCUCAAGACUCGACCUUCGAUUCUUGCGCAAUCGGGAGAAUUACAAACGAUAAAUCCUUAUCGAAUUCGCGUGCGUAUCGCAGUUGAAGAUUUGCGGAAGUAGUCGUUUGUUGCGAUACGACACGCGAGAGACGUCACCGAUAACAGGUCGGCACCGUUACUCAUCGGCAAGUCACAAUAAGCUUGAUUUUCUUUGGCCGGACGAUAAUCUAGUCGAAUGUUUGUCGCUUAUCGCGACGGCGCCGCUCGGAUUUACGUUGUUACGCCCGCCGCUGUACGCGAUGUUAUGCUCAAGGUGGUGAUUCAGCUCACCUCGCGUGUUUCCUGUUUUUCCUUUCUCCGCGCUAUUAAUCGCCGAAACUAGUCGAGGCCGUAACUGCGAUUACGUAACAUCUCACGCAUCCCGUGACGCUUCUCGUUUCGUUCCGAAAGCGUCUCGCCUGCGAGACACAAACUGUUGCCCGCGUUUCCCUCCACU